AUGCUACUACAAAGAACGGCUCUUAGCGAGCAAGCAGUAGCCUCUGAAACCAAGGCAGAGCGUGGCGCCAAAGAUGCUGCUGAUUCCGAACGACCGUUGACAUGCAUGUUUUUCUUCUUUGCUUCCCAGAUGAAGCGCAACAUUCAGCCAGCCGAUCAGGAUCUCGUACGAAGGGGGAAGAUGGCCGACCAACCUACUCACCAACUAGAUUCUAUGGUGGCUAGAAUAGGCAUGCACGCCGCUCAUUCACCACUUGUCACGAAGUUCGAGACAUAUCCUGUCGAAAUUCCAGAUGCUCCAGGAUUUUCCAAAAGAAACCCAAAGCCUUCCCGAGAAGAAGUCCACGAUACUGUGAUGUUGAUGAAGUUUCGAGAUAAACGCGCUCGACAAGAAUGGAUUGCUUCCAAAGAAUGGCAGGAGUUCAUGCAGAAGACCGAUGACCACCAGGUAUUUCGGAGAAUGCCUCAUGUCCGGUGUGCUAGCAGCGUCAGAGGCCUGAUGGAUCCUAUGGACAUCUUGACCGCCUGA